UUUGGGAGAAAGGAAAGUCCGUCGGAGGCGCGUUUCUCAUUGGAUAAAGAGCCGUUCUUCUCCUACGGUGCUGGGGAGAGCAGUUGACGGUGUUCGUGCAGCUGAGAAAGGCAAAAUGUCUAGUACACGAGUAGCUGUGGUGACUGGAUCCAACAAAGGCAUUGGUUUGGCUAUUGUGAGGGCUCUAUGCAAGCAGUUCUCUGGGGAUGUGUAUUUGACAGCUCGGGACCCUGAACGAGGCAAAGCAGCGGUGAUACAACUUCAGGAAGAAGGAUUAAAACCACUUUUCCACAAGCUGGAUAUCACUGAUCUGGAGAGUAUCCAAACUCUCCGUGAUUUUCUCAAGGAAAAAUAUGGAGGAUUGGAUGUGCUAGUCAACAACGCUGGGAUUGCUUUCAAAGUUGCAGAUACAACCCCAUUUGCUGUACAAGCAGAAGUCACACUGAGAACCAACUUUUUUGCAACCAGGAAUGCUUGCAGAGAACUGCUGCCGUUACUGAAACCGAAUGGAAGAGUAGUCAAUGUAUCUAGCAUGAAUGGUGCUUCAGCAUUGUCCAGGUGUAACCAGGACCUGCAGCAGAAAUUUCGGAGUGACAUAAUCACCGAAGAGGAGCUAGUGAAACUCAUGGAAAAAUUUGUGGAAGAUACCAAGAAGGGAGUGCAUGAGAAGGAAGGCUGGCCAAAUACUGCUUAUGGAGUAUCCAAAAUUGGAGUGACGGUUUUAUCAAGAAUUCAGGCAAGAUUGUUGAAUGAGACAAGGAAAGAUGAUGGUAUUCUCCUGAAUGCCUGCUGUCCUGGGUGGGUCAGAACAGAUAUGGCAGGUCCCAGGGCCCCAAAAACCCCAGAUGAGGGAGCUGAGACUCCAGUCUACUUAGCCCUUUUACCCACUGGUGCCACUGAGCCACAUGGCCAAUUUGUUAGUGAAAAGAAAGUUCAGAAAUGGUAACUCUACUAUUAUGCUUCUGUAUUAAGCACUGGAAAUUAUAGAUGCUAUAAAGCUCUUUGCUACAAGUAUCUGCUGUAGCAGUUAUGCCAGGCUCCUAUGCUGUGGAAGUGAAAACCAACAUACAGUGGAUUGAGAUAAAGAGCACCCUGUUGCUUAAUAAGAUCACUGAUUAAUCUUCUGCUGUGGGUGAUAAUUAGUGUUGUACCUUAAUAACAGCCUUCAGGAUUCUCACUUUUCUCUGAUUUGGGCAGCUUUACAAUAUUGGGUUCUAAAAUAAUUCACUCUUAAAGAUUUAGAAGGCACAUAUGCAUAAUCUUCUCUUUUGGUAAAGGUCAUUUUCUGUAAUGUAUUAAUUGUGUCAGCUUAAACACAAAUUUUGACUAUAUAAAAUAGUAAAUAAAGGUUAUGAUUAACUAAUUUUGGUGGCUAUGUAUGGUUUCAGUACAAAUGUCUUUUUACCCCAUUAAUCACAAACAACUACGGGCAGUGUGUAUGUUUUUUAAAGCAGAGGUAGGGAUCUCUGGCUUUCCAGUAUAGGUGAACUACAGCUCCCAACAGCAGUAGUAAGUAUGGCAAAUAGUGAGGGACAUUGGAGAAUCUGAUGCAGCAACAUUGUAAGAGCUGUUUGCCAUCCCUGCCUCAAAAGCAAGAAAAUUCAAAUGUGAAAUACAAUAAUUCACACUGUGCAGAAAGUAUAGUACGUACACCUUCUCACCCAACGUCUGUAUCAAUGUUUCUCAACCUUGUCAACUUUAAGAUGUGUGGACUUCAGUUCCCAGAAUUCCCCAGCCACUCUUGCUGGCUAGGGAAUUCUGGGAGUUGAAAUCCACACAUCUUAAAAUUGACAAGGUUGAGAAAUACUGAUCUAUAUGGAUAAACUGCAACAGUAACAGGCCAAUCUUGUAUGACUUAAACAUUUCUUCUGAAAAUAUGUGUAGAUAUGCUACUUGACAUUCAAGAAAAUUUAUAACAAUAUGCAUUUAUAUACAUAUGCAAACACAAAAUUUAAAAAGGAAAAAAAUAGACAAGUAGAUUUCCCCCUUUUUUAAAGAGCCUAUAUGAGUGCAGACAGGUAUCAAAAUGUUAGUAUCAGAAAGUUGUUUUUGUUUUAAGUAAAUAAAAAUAUUAAAAUGGCAUACAUAUUUUUGAGAAAGGUACUAGUACUUCUUCACAUCACAGUAAUAGAGGUGUGUAUACAGUCAUAUAUAGCAGCCUUUAAGUCAUGGAAGAACCAGCUGCAGCAAAAAACCGCAGCUAGGAGUUUUGACCUGCACAGGAUGCGGUGUUGAAAUUUCCUUUUUUUUUUU